AUGAUAUCGAUAGAAAUCAGCCCCGCUCAUUACCUCUCGGCCUUUGGUGGAGAGACGCAGCAUCUGAGACAAGAGUUCCACAAUGAUGGUUAUGGUGUGUCCAUACACCGUAGUUGUCGCUGUUGCCGGACCAGGACCGCUGAUGCGACGCAUGUACGCAUAAAAGGUGCGCACUGCUUCUGGAUGAUAGGUGAAUCUCUGUCUUUCCAGCAGCAGAGUCCAGCCCAGAGCACUGACCAGCUCUGCGACGCGCAGUUGAUAGCGAUUGAAAGUGGCUGGCUCAAUCGUAUGGAAUGGGAUGAGGCAUCAAUGUCGGAAGUAUCGAAGUGUACGAGCAUAGUCCCGAGGAUCAGUGCAGAUGUUGUUAGUGAACACAGAUGA